CUCUUUGACUGAGCCGAGGGGCCCUGACAGCAUCACACUGAGUAUAGACGGAGCUAGCAAUACUGAAUCAUGGAGAGCAACACUCAGAGAUCCCCUCUGUCUUCAUGGAGGGACUGCUUUGUAUUAAAGCGGAUCCGCAUGUUGGCCCCUGUUGGUUUCAAGACAGAAAUAAAAAAGUUGUGCACGCUGGCCGGACCAGUGGUCUUGUCCCAUCUUAUGGCUUAUACAUUGAGUUUUGUAAGUGCUAUUUUCUGUGGCCAUCUGGGUACGGUGGAGCUGGCAGGGGUGUCUUUGGCUACAUCAGUUAUUAAUGUUAUAGGUAUAUCUGUUGGAAGCGGUUUGGCUUCAGCAUGUGAUACUUUGAUUUCUCAGACCUAUGGGAGCCAAAACCUUCUGAGGAUUGGGGUCAUUCUUCAGAGGGCAAUCCUCAUUUUGUUACUGGCUUGUUUCCCAUGUUGGGCAAUUCUCAUCAACACAGAGGCAAUUCUUUUGGCUGUCAAACAAGAGCCAGAGGUAGCCAGGGUGUCCCAGUUGUAUGUGAAGAUCUUUUUGCCAGCUCUUCCUGCUACAUUCAUGUAUGCAUUACAAACAAGUUAUCUGCAAAACCAGAGCAUCAUAUGGCCGCCGGUAAUCACAGGCCUUAUAGUCAACAUUCUCAAUGCUGUCAUCCAGUAUAUCUUCAUCUUUGUAUUACAUCUGGGAAUAGCUGGUUCUGCUGCUGCCAACGCCAUAUCCCAAUACUGCAUGGCUACAACUCUGUUUGCUUAUAUCAUUUGGAAAGGUCUUCAUAAGCCCACCUGGGGAGGCUGGACCAAAGAGUGCCUGCAGGACUGGGGCUCAUACAUGUACUUGGCCAUCCCCAGCAUGGUCAUGAUGUGUGUUGAGUGGUGGUCGUAUGAGAUUGGAAGCCUUUUGGCAGGUCUAAUAAGUGAGGUGGAGCUUGGGGCUCAAUCAAUUGUGUACCAACUGGCAAAUAUUGCAUUUAUGUUCCCUUUGGGUUUCAGUAUAGCUGGCAAUGUAAGAGUUGGACAAGCGCUGGGAGGCGGAGACACAGAGCAGGCUAAGCUGUCUGCUAAACUGACAAUAUUCUGUGCAGGGUCCAUGUCUAUAUGUUGGUCAAUUCUCCUUGGCAGCCUGAAGGGCCAGAUGUCAUAUGUCUUUUCAGAUGAUGAACAAAUCCGGCAAAGGGUUACUGAUGUUUUGUCUAUAUAUGCUCCAUUCAUGAUCCUAGAUGCACUAUCAGCUUCCUUGGGAGGCAUUAUAAGAGGAGCAGGUAAACAGAAGAUUGGAGCCAUUUGUAACAUUUUGGGAUUUUAUGGUGUCGGUUUUCCCAUUGGUGUGCCACUGAUGUUUGCAGCCAAAUUGGGAAUCAUUGGACUAUGGAUAGGCCUAGUUACCGGUGUGUUUCUGCAGGUCAUAUUCCUAUCUUCUUAUUUGUUAAGAAUGAACUGGAAUAAAGCUACAACAGAGGCUCAAAUCAGAGCAGGAGUGGUUGGGAGCUCUACAGACACAAGUCCACAACCAGAGGAUCCAGGGGACUCACAGGACAGUGCAGGAACAGACACCGUGGAGCUGGUGGACCGCGAGGCGGGGGGGCCCGCAGUGAGUCCGGGGGAGGAGGAGCUGUCUCUCAGAAGUCUGCUUCUGCGCAGAGGCCUGGUUCUGGCUGUCAUGCUAUUCAUCCUGGCUGCUGGAAUCAUUAUUAACCUGCUGAUCAAUAACUUGGUUACAUGAUUGUGAGCAAAGUCAAUUCUAUUCAGGAACUCGAAGUAUUCGAGGUAACCCCUAAGGCACUGCUGCACCGUCUGAUGCGGAUGUUUGUACUGUAUCGCACGAUGCCAAAGAAGGACAUGCAGAAGACAGUCACAGGUGCAGGCGGGCAGAAAGUAAUGAAUUAAUCUCCUUAAGCAAUACAUAACUCUUGAGUCAUUAUUUUACUAGAUGACCCUUUGCAUCUGCUACGGUCAUUAGUGAAUCCUCUCACAAACACAUUCUGUCAAAGAAAUUAAGUCAAACUACAGACAUUGCCAAAACAUUUGUAUUUAAUAAAUAAAGUGUUGUGGUAUUCUUGGAAUCAACAUUUUAUUUGGACUUUUGGAAACACAAGUGCAGAUGUAACAUAAAUAUGUA